GCAUCUAUCUAAGUUAUAGCAAUAAUCUCCCUUGUUGCUAGGACAAGCAUUGUUGAUCUUAAGAUGUCUGAAUGACUUACUUUUUAAAUUUACGGUAGAGCCAUACUCUGAUUGAUUCUUGGAAAUGUUGGCUUUGCGCUAAAUUAUUACAGAGAUAGACAAGUGUACAUUUCAAAACCAAUAAUGCCUACUUUAGACAUCACUACACAACAAGCUUUGCAUGUUGUCUCAGAUAACAUCAAAAUGGAAACCAACACACCUCCCAGCAUGUCUCCAAUAAAUCCUUUGGUCUCCGACAAGGUGAACUAUUUUGGCAUUGAAGUCUUAGACAAGAUUGUUUGGAAAGCAUGGCAACAUAGUUCUGAGUACACCAAGACACUUGUGAUAAAAAAUUUGAGUGGUAAAACUAUGAAGUUAACUUACAGAGCACCUGAAACAAGAUUUUUUGCAGUAGAUUUUCCAAAGCCUAUUUUUCUUAGCUCUGGAGCUAGUCAUUCAAUACUUAUUGCAUUCAGACCUUUGGAGAAUAUUGUGUAUAAUGAUAAAAUAACUUUUACUUUGAAGGAUGGAAAAAACUUUUCUGUGAUUCUCAAAGCAGUUUUGCCUGCAACAGAUAUUAGCAUUCCAGUCAAUUUGGACUUCCAGAUGUGUGCUGUUAGAGAUUCUGUCUCCAUUUCCUUUGAUGUUUACAACACAGGUGAUCUAGAUACCUGUUUGUUGUGGGAUGUUCAAAGUCCUUUUGUCAUUGAACCUGUUGAAGCUGUUCUUGCAAAAGGUAGUAGUGUCCAGUUCAAGGCUACUUUUAAACCUGAGUGUGCUUAUGUUUAUGAAGUAACAGCUAUUUGCGAAUUUGGCACAGAGUAUGAGUUUUCAAGACCAACUAUAUUUUAUGGCAUUGGUAAAUUUCCUCAUCUUCUCGCUUGCCUAUCUGGUGUUAAUGCUGAAGCAGCCAAUGCAAAUAAAUCUCUUGAUGUGGAGACUGUGUUAGACUUUGGAGAUGUUCCAGCAGCCACCACUGUUGGCAAAUGGGUGGAGCUUCACAACUUAGCACCAGUGAGAAGUCUGUUUAAAGUAGAGAAAGUAUCUGGCACAAAACAAAUGGAAACAUCAUUUCAUUGUUCCAUCACUGAGGGCAUUGUUCCUGCAAUGAGUGCCAUGAGAAUUCCUCUGUCCUUCUCCCCUCACAGUCCAAACAGUGUCAGCAUUGACUACUUCAAUGUCAUCUCUGUGGGAAACAUCAGUCACAGUGAAAUCAAAUGUAUUGGCAGAUCUAUUGGUCCAAAGGUAGAACUAAGCAAGAGCUGGCUGAAUUUUAAAUUAGUUCAAGAAGGUCAAAAAGUAACCAGAACUCUGGAGAUAAUCAACAACUCAGAUGUGGAGGCUUUUUUUCAGUUUGAUAUUGACUGUGAAGAAUCAGUAUUUCAAUUGUCCAGCACCAGUGGGACCCUGGCAGCCAAGUCUACAGCAACUUUAUUGAUCCACUUCAUUCCUAAACAUCCAAUCAACUAUUACAGAAGAGUCACACUGUUAGUUCACAACCAGUCUCCAUUAUUUUUAGAUCUUCUUGGUACAUGCCAUUCAGAAAACCAGCAGCCAGCCAUUUUAAGAAUGAGACAUAUCUUGAAAUACUUUACUCAUGUUGAAAGAGGGUUAUCAGUUAUCGCACCUGAUCAACUGAAUAAAUUUCAUAAAGAUGGCAGAUUAGAACUAGAUGAAAAUGGCUGCCUAAAAGUUAUCCAAGAAACAGACAUGGCUGACCUUGUUCCCAACCCAGCACUGAGCAAUGUCACAGCCAUUGAUGAAUACUUCAAUGAUGGUGUCCACUCUCCAGUGGUUAAUGUUAUUCCUCAUGUGAGUCUAGAUGUUUGUAUUCUAGACUUUGGUGUCUGUCAAAAUAUUCAAGCUCUUGCUGAAAAGACUGUAAAUAUAACCAAUCAUACGCGAGGAAAAGUGACUGUGCAAUGGAAUGGAGAUCAGUCUCACAUUUUUUCUGUCAGCCCCAAUGUCCUUGACAUUCCACCUUUAAAAGCUUGCUCCUUCAGAGUUACAUUUAGGCCAAAUUGUGAAAAUAAACUUUAUGGAAAUGAGUUGGAGUGCUUUGUGUAUUACAAAAACCUGCGUGAAUAUCGUCUGGUUGAAGAUAUCACACAUUUUCCCCCUUGGUGUCUAACCCUCAAAUGCUUAGGAAAUACUUUUAUGCCCAACAAUGAACCUUUCUACCCACACAUGUCCCUGUCCCCUCCAAUGCUAGCCUUCCCAGCAGUCAAUGUGGGCGAGUCCAGUCACAGGACAAUCAUUUUAUCUAACACUGGGAACACACCCAUUAUGUAUGACUUCACCAAUAGUUUGGAGCUGCCAAAAACUUGCAAAACUAGAUGUGAUGCCAAAGAACAAAAAGAGUCUGUAUUUGCCAUAAAACCAAAUAAAGGAAUCUUGAAAUCAGGUCACCAAGUAUUUACUGUCAGACUGACACCAACAGCUGUACAGCACUACUCACAGGAUAUACUGGUUAGAAUGAACAACAAUGAGAAAUAUGACCAGACACUGCACUUCUGUGGUUCUGCUGAAACAGCACAAGUACUACUUGACAAUGAUGGUGCCAUCUACUUUCAGCCAACUUGUGUUGGCCUUGUCACAAGUAGGUCUUAUGGAUUCAAGAAUAUAUCAAGAAUGCCAAUAUGCUUCCAAUGGCUGCUUCGUUCCGAUGAUAGGAAAGUUCUUAACGUGGAACCUUCUAGUGGAGUAGUGUUACCCAAUGAAUGGGUGAGCCACAGAUGGUCAUUUAGACCAGGAGAAGAGAAGAAAUAUCUUAUCAAGCCCACACUGUUGUGUCAUGGUCAGGGUCUGAGUCCAACUUCUUCAGGAGGUAAAAGGAUCCCACACAGCAUUAGAGUUGUGGGUGAAGGUUCUCUUGGCAACAUUCAGACUGAUGAACCUUAUUUAGACUUUGGUGGUAUUGUUGUUGGGAGUUCAUCUACUAACCAUUUUACAAUCUUCAACAAUGGCAACUGCAGCCUUGAAUAUAAAUUGUUAAUCGAUGGAACGGAAGAAGGACUGGAGACUGGAGGAAAAGGCAUUGAGUUGGACGUUAUGGAGGGUGUUUUGCCAGCUCGUAGCAAACAUUUCAUUACAGCAACUGUCAGGCCAACAAGACGAGUCACCUACCAGUAUGCCAUUAAGUACCAGCUUCUUGUCCCUCAAAGUGACAUGAUCCCAUCUUCAGUUCAUGAGCCCCAGCACUUACUGUACGUGCUGGCUGCAGGGGUGUACCCACUUCUAUAUGUUGAGGACAUUCGACCAAUGGGCAGUGCGAUCAGCCUCAGCAAAAAGAAUUUGUGGAACCUGUUCUGUCUUGACAAUUUAAAUGCAGCUCUGGAUGCUGAUCCAUCAUCUACAGAACUAGCUUUUAACACAAAUACUCGACCAAGCAUGGGGAAAUCAAGGUCACAGCUGCAACUUACCAAAACAGUCAUGGAUUUCAACUUUUCUGCUGCUCCUGUCGGCUCUGAACCAUUCAAAGUGACCAUGAUGUUUAAAAACACUGGCACAGUGACAUGUGACUGGAUUUUUAUGUUUCCUAAAGAUGUUGAACUAGAGAUGGGAUUUUGGAUGGAUGAUGGGGAGAGAGACUCUGAUGAAUUACAGGAUAUUAAAGUGAUGGAGAACAAGUUUUUUGAAAUCACUCCUAAAAAAGGAACACUAAAAUCAGGGGAGACCUGCAAUAUAACAUUUCAGUACAGUCACUCAAUGAUUGGCACAAAUCGUCUCCCUGUUUUGUUAAAGAUAGCCAGAGGAAGAGAAAUUAUGAUCAACUUCUCGGGUGCCACUGUUGACAUUGAGAAGCCCUAUCUCCACUUCUCUGCCAAUAAGUAUACAUUUAACCCUGUACCCAUUGGAGAACUCCUGAGCCCAAUUCAGGUCUAUGAAAUGUAUAACGGAGGAGCUGUGCCAGUCAAGUUUGAGCUGGACCUGACACCACUGAACAUUAUUAAAAGGCAAAACUUUGACCAGCCAGUUUUUGAGUGCUUGAAUCCCUCAGGGGAAAUUUUACCAGGACGCACUGGAUUUGUUGAAUGGAGAUUUUCUCCUCUGGAAGCCAAAACUUACAUGAUUGAUAUUCCAAUAUACAUUCACAACGGUGAUACAAACAUUGUCACAUUCAAGGGCAUUGGCUACGACAAAAGGAUUAUGGGAGACACAAUGCCCUUCUCAGAUGAUCCCAAAAUGCUGGGCGUCUCUGCUGUUCAGAAAGCUCAUGUCCCUGGCCAGCUUGGCUUUUUGUCAAAAGAAAGAAUUUCCUUUGGUAAUAUUCCCCUGUUAUCAAAAGCCAGACAGCUAGUAUUUAUCAGCAAUAAAUCAAAGGACAGUUCUAUUUUCUUUGAGUGGCAUGUGACAUCAUAUGAGGAUAUCAGGGUUUUAAAUAUCCACCCUAUCAGAGGAGAGAUCCCUCCCAAUGAGCACAAGUUGUGCAGGAUUACUUUCACUGCAAUAGGGAAUCCAAGUUUUUAUGAUCUAGAUCUGAUUUGUGAAAUUUCUGAUCUCCAUGAGUACAAUUGCUAUAAGAACCAGCUGUCUGCUUGGGAAGCUGAAAGAGAACGCCAGAUGAAUGAAUUCAUUAUAACUGAAAAAGAUCUGGAUGCUGACAGAAGAGUUCCUCACGUUGUUGACAUUGUGGAUGGACCUCCAUCAGCCCGCCUAUCUAAACUUAAUGCACUUGCUGAAGGAAGACCUAUAACAACUGAUGGUGAACUGAGCAAGUUUAAGACACUUCCACCAAUACGCCAGUUAACAGAAGAUGAAAAAAGAAUUGCUGAAAGGCGGCACCAGAAAAAACUGGCUAACUUAUGGCAAAAGCCAGAGCCAAUAAAACCAUCACUUCUGCAUCUGGGGAUCACAGCUCGGACACACGACACCCAAGAAUUCCAAACUAAUUUUCCUAAAGAAUAUAAGAACUUCUUUAUUGAUGGAACAUUGAGCCUUGAAAAUCAAAGAAAAAGGCAGUUUUUAGCACCUACAGAACUGAAUUGUUCCAAGUCUGAAGGAAAUAUUAUUGCUAGCAUCCUUGGCAGCUGCCUUCGUGCCUUGCUUGAAGAUAGUUACUUCAUUGAUGCUAUUAAGGAUGUGAUGCAAGAGCCCAUCCCAUACUUCUGUCAGUUCAAAGAUUACAACGUAGACAAAAGUUCAGAGCAGAAAGUUAGUUCUAGACAAGACAGUAGUUACCCAGACUAUUUCAUAAGUUCUAGAACAACUAUAUUACCAGAAUCAGAGUUUGACAUGGGAAAGUUAGAUUUUCCAGAUGGUGUGCAAUUGGAUGCACUAAGCACAUUAAGUGGUACUCAGAGACAUUCAAAGUCCAAUGUAGGUAGUGAUGAAGCCUUGAUGAAAGAUGGAGAAACUGAGCAAGACAUUAAAAGGCAACCUGAAGUUGGUAAUGUCCUGGAACAGAUCUUGGAAAACACUGUACUGAAUCUAAUGUUUGAGGCCCUGUCCAGUGAAUACAGUGUGGUUAGUAAGCCCAGGUUUAUCACCAUGUUGAAAAAGGCCUCCAUGAGCAAAACAUUUUCACGACUCAAGGAAAAUGUCUCAAGUACAAAGUAAAGCUCCUCAUGUCCCAGUAAACCUUUUCAUGUUCCAACUAAAACAUCUUUCUAGGCAAAUCAUGCUUAUGUUAGAUCAAGACAGAAUAUUAAGUCUUCUGUUUGAUUUGAGACCUCGUCAUAUAGUGUAUUCUGUUUGAUUUCAGACUCAUCAUAUAAAGUGUCUUCUGUUUGAUUUCAGACCUCGUCAGAUAUUUCAUUUGUUUGUUUUAUUAGCGCUAUGCUAAU